GCCACCAACCUAGCGGCGACAAGAAGCGAUGGCCGCAUUCAUAUGAAGUGCGUUUCUCGCAGCGCAUUUGCAGCAGCUAAUUUGUAAAUACAGUGUAUAUAGCCAUGAGCACACAAAAUCGGACAGGCGGCGGAGGUCGCAAUCAGAAGAAAUCAAAUGUGAACAGUGGAGGUGGUGGCGGUGGAGAUACGACUGUCAGUAAUAAAAAAUCAGAUGUAUCUAAACCAGAAAAAGAGAAGACACAGCCAAAACCUACAGCAGAACAGAUUCGUAUUGCUCAAAUAACGGACAUCAGCAGCGGAUCUGAAGAUCCAGAAAUGCGUGAAAAAGUUCAAACAUUAAUUGAAAUGACUCAGCGAUCCGAAGAGGAAGUAUGCUGUGCACUAAAUGAAUGCGAUAAUAAUUUAGAGAAGGCUGUUGAAUUUCUACUUGAAACACUUCCAGUUGGUGCAUUUGAAACGUCUUCAAAGAAGAAAAAGAAUCGCGUUGCGAAUUCCACCAACGACGGCAACGGCGAUGGUGAGUGGACAGAAAACAAUGCAAAUGUCGAUAAUCGGGAGCGAUCUCGUAAUCGAAAUGGAAUGCGAGGCGGUCGCGGUGGUUCAGAUAGUAGAGGCUGGCGAAGUAGAGAAGCUCGGGAAAAUGAACGCAAUGCAGCCGAUUCGAAAGGAGGUGAAGGAGGAGGUUGGCGCGGUCGUGGACGUGGCGGGAGUCGUGGAGGCUAUGGUGGCCGAGGCGGACGAGGUGGACGUAUGGGACCACGUGGAAUGGGUUCACGCGAUCAAGGACGAAAUUAUUCUCGCCAGGAACCGCAAGAAGUCGACACGUGGGACAAUACAAUCGCCACGAACGCGGAGCAAAUCAAGCAAGAUGAUGAGUGGGGCGAUUGGGAUAACGAAGAAUACGUCGGAUCUCUCAAAGACAGCAAAGUCUUUAUUCCUAGUAGUCUACAAAAUCAACCUAUUCCGGGAUCUGAAAUAUCUGUGCCGCCUGGUCUUGAGCCACACAUUCUCAAUCAGCCGCCGCAAAUGUCCGCAGAAGAAUUGGUACAACAAUAUAGUUCAACGGUUGUAUCAAAUACAACACCUGCUUCAUCGGCGGCUGCUGUGAAUUCGGUUCAAUUUCCCGAUAUGCAUUCGAAUAAUGCAAGUCAUAAUUUAAGACUAACACUUGAGUCGCAACAAUUAAAUGCGACAUCGACUUUAUCCGCGGAACAAUCGCAGUAUUUCAACUCAUUACCAUCGCAGAAUGCUACUCAACAGCCCAAUUAUAAUGCGUAUCAGACAUCUUCACCAUCGUCAUAUGUUUCAAAUACUGUAUUUGGCGAUCAAGGGGUUUCAUCUCAACCGGCUGUUCGGCGCGCUAGAGCCAAACUUCCUCCUCCCUCGAAGAUUCCGUCGUCAGCUGUUGAAAUGCCAGGCGAUACACUCAACAAUAUUGGCUAUUUAGAUGUUCAAUUUGGUGGAUUAGAUUUCGGUACGGAAGACUCUUUCGAUCGACUGACUGAGAAAUUCAAUGCAACAAGCAUUGAUUCGCAACAAAAUGUUCAAUCGCAAGAUGUUUCCAAUGACUACCAGUCGAAAUCGAAUGUUCAACAGUCUUCACUGUCAGCCGGUCUGCAAUCUUCACAAAUUAUAUCAAAUUCGGAUACAUUGUCAUCAACACAGAAUGAUAACCUUACAUCUGGCUAUACGCAACGAGGUGUCUCCUCGGCUAACGUUCAACAGUCGGGAUCGAACGUUGGUGUUUCAAUGAAUAAUUCGACAAAUAGUACGUUGGAUCAGCUCUCAAAGAGCGAUCCGUACAAUCAGUCGAAUACAUCCAAUGCGAACGUUUACCAGAGUUCGUAUAGUUCGAAUGCAACAACGAAUAAAACACCGUCGUAUCAACCUUCGGGUGCUGGACAAGGUUAUAACAGUACCAAUUAUACAAAUUCACAAUCCGCAUCAUCGAGUACCUACCAACCAUCAUCCAAUAAUUACAAUGCUUAUAAUCAAAAUUCGGUGAAUUCAUACCAGACGCAAAGCCAAACAUCUGUUAACAGCUCUACAAACUCUGUGAGUGGUGUAAGCGGUGGAUCGGUUAGUAAUAGUAGCUCUGCACAGAACAUUCCGGUCGGAGGCGGAACUGGCACGGGUGGUGCCAAUAGCAGUACUGUGAAUAGUGCAAGUUCGAAUACAAGUGCCGGAUAUUUAUCUAGCCAGUAUCAAAGUAAUCAAACUACGUCAGCAUUCCCAUCUCAACAAAGCGCCUACCAAAAUAGCCAGAGCGUCUACGGUAAUACAGGGUUUACUGGUAGCACAAAUACAUCAUCAUCACAAUACAGUAAUUUUAGUAGUUCGAAAUUGAAGGAAACUUCUACGGCGGCUAGUACUCACUUUGAAAGUGUUUCUAGUGUUACAUCAAGCGGUACUGUAAGUAGUACAGUAAGUUCAGCGACAACAUCGUCAGCAACAACAAACAAUUUAAGUUCACCAUCAUUAGGAUUGACCAACACAAAAGUGACGAAUUCAGCCGCGAAGAGUUCCGCUGGAAUUGUGCCGAAUGUUCAAAUGGUUAGUCAAUUCAUACAGACUGGUUUGCCGUAUUUCCAACAGCCUGCGGUUUAUUCGUAUGAAGAUCUACAAAUCAUGCAACAACGAAUGCCGCAUGUGACGCAGUACUAUGAUCUUAACUACCCCGCAACUAGUUUAGGUGCGUCAGGAGUACGUGAUGCCAAUCUUUCAGUUGCCUAUUCAACAAUGACUGAUGGUCGUUUCGCACGAACUGACAAUAAUUCCAGCCCUGUCAGCAAUGUCUCCAGUACAUUGUCGCAGCAGGCUGGAUCUAGUGGUGCAAUGUUAAACGUACCUUAUGCCUACUUUUAUAAUGCCAACAUGAUGCCUGGCAGUUUCCAAUAUGGUACACCUGCAAUAUAUCCGCAACAAAUGCCAACGGCAAAUGCCACGUCUGGUGGACAAUUUCCAAAACCGUCCUAUAAUAGUGGUUAUGGAUCAACAAGUUACGAUGCUCUGAGCCAAGCAACUAAAGACUAUAAUAAAGGAUAUAUUGAGUACCCCGCGUCGGGAGUAGGUCAACAAUCCAAGGCUCAGAACGUAACAAAUCCACCACAGGCAAGUUCAGGGUCUGAUAUUUCAUCAUCAAUGUAUGGUAAAAGCCAUGUAGCGCUUAACAAAGUCAAUUCGUAUGAGAAACAAUCGUUCCAUUCGGGUACACCGCCUCCAUUUAAUUUAACGGGUACACAAACGGCCGGUGCAACAUCGGCUCAAUCCUACGGUGUUUACAUUCAACCGAUGCCUCCAGCUCAUCAUACGAUGAACUUACAUCAACCAAUCCAUCAGAUGGACGGCAGAAUGCAUAAUUCAUCACGUCGGGACUCGAAUAGUACGGGACAGCGGCCACAGCCCAAUAGUCAGAGCAAAACUGGAACCAAACAAGGCUAUUCACCAUCUUAUUGGACAGCACAGAACUAGACAUCAUGCAAAACAAAGGAGCAAGCAACAAUUAUUCAAUUUGUGAGAAUGCAUAAUUGUGUACAUCAAUUUAUGGAUGUUUCUCGAAGCAAAGAAAGAAAAAAAAAUAAGAAAAAAAAACAAACUUAUAUAAAACAUUAAAAUAUACAAAACUAAAAAUUUUAAUAAUAAUUCUAAAUAAUAAUGAAUAUUAUUGUUUAUUUAAUUGUAUAUCUUCAUAUAAAGCAAGAAAAGAAACGCAAAUACACAUACACAUUUAUAAAUAUAAACCAACACUCAGAUAACUCUUACACCUGUCGACACUCGCCCAUACACAGAAACACAAACGACCCUAUUCGAACUUGAAAUAUUGAAAGGAAAGGGGAUAGCCAGAUGACGGCAUUGAGUCGCCCGAACGCAUUUCUCUGUCCUUUUACUUUGCUUUAUGAAUAUAUUUAUCUGUAACCGUAUAUUUCUUUAAUCAUAACAUUAUGUUGACGCCCUUUCAAUCUCUCUUGAACAGAAGGAAACAGAAAAGCUAAUUAUAAAUAUAUAUAGAUAUGCGAAAAUAUCUUUGAUGUUUUUUUGACCCAUAAACACCCUAAAAUUUCGUUCUAAACAACAACAAGAAGAAACAAAUAUUUAAGAAAAAUCUAUCGCGGAAAAAACAUGUUUGUAAAAUUAAGUGAUAAUCUUACAUGAAAUAACUACAAAAUAGAAAAGUAUAUACAUAGUAAUUAAUAAAUAUAAGGAUAAAUAUUUUGUUUUUGUCACUUACAUAAGGAAGUAUAGUAAUUCGAGAAGUAAACAACAAAAAUGAGAGAAUUAAUGCAAAUAUAAGAGAAACUUUAUCAAAUUGAAGAAAAAAGAGAAAACGAAAAAGGAGGGAGAAUAAAAAUUUAAAAUAAACGUAAUAAAUAAAAUAGAAAAUAUGAA